GCUGCAGACCGUUAGCGCCUGCCAAGUAACAAGAAGAAGCCUUCUCUCGGAGUCGGAGCCCCAAACCCAAAACCCUCGUCACUGCCGGCGAUGGGGGACGAUGAAUGCCGCGUCGAAGAUUACUCUGAGCUCAAAGAUCUUCGCUUGGUCCUCGAUCAGGAAGCCAUUAACCUGGAGAAUGGCUUCGCCCUUUGCUUCUGGAUCUACUUCUCCGGCUCCACCCGCCCUUCUUCUCUUAUCCUUCGCCAAGUAGCAAUGUGUUUCGGAAGAGAAGGUGAAGCCCCCUUUCUUGCUUUGAGUGAAGAAAACAAACUUAUGGCCUUUCCCUUGAUGGUGUUGCAUAAAGAAGGUCCACCUACUGAGAAUUCCUUCCCAUGGACUGACCUGGUACAAAUUUCUUCUGAGACUGAAUGCCCUCUUCAGAAAUGGGUUCACAUUGGAUGCAAGAUAACCGCAGAUUAUAUGCACCUCUACAUUGAUGGGAACCUUGUUGGUGAGAAACUCCUAUAUCCCUUAAUGAAGGAUGGUCAUGACCAAGAUGAUUUGAAGAAAAUAAGUUUGAGUGGUAAUGAUGGGAAUGAUGAAAAACUUCAAGGUUAUGUUUAUAAUGUGCAAGUUUUGCCUGUGUCAUCAUCAAUAGUUGAUCACUUCAUGAAGAAUCCACCAGUAAAAUUAUCCAUUGAUGGCAUGUGCCCCCAUGACGAAGUUGAAGAAGCUCGAGAUGGUGUUUGGAGUAUUGUUGGUGGCAAGGCCUCGUGUCGCAGGAAUUUCUCCCUUGAAGUUGUCUUGCUAGAUGCUCUUGGUCGGUCUGUUCACAAAGAGAUGGAGGUUGUUGCUUCGCUUGUAUAUUCAGACAAUGGAGAAUUAGUAGAGAGGUCUGGAGAUGGUGCAGAGGCUCCACUUUUAACAAGUUUUGAUGGAACUGAACUCCCAUCUACAGAGCGACCAGUUAUGAUUCGCCAUGGACGUGCAACCUUCAAACUUAAAAUAUCUCAGCUUUCAUCCAAAUCUGACAACCGACUGUUUCGUGUUUGUUUCCACACAACACAUAUUCAACGAUAUCCAUUUCUUGAAGCAUUCUCCCAACCAAUUCGUUGCAUCUCGAGAAAUCGCAGUAAAUGCUCUUCUGAGAAGUUCUUGAAAAAGCUGGCAUCCGCACAACUUGAUGAGACUGAUUCACCAACCUAUAACAGUUUUGAAGCUGAUGAGAACUGUGAAGUAUAUUUUCAAAAUCUAGAUCAGAGUGAAUCAAAGUGCAUUCCCUCAUCAAAGCGCAUUAAAGCAGGGCAGGAUAAUUUGCCAAGCAUGAUUUGUGGUGAUGGGACUUCAGAGGGUGUAAAACAGAGAAACUCAAGAAUUGAAGUGCAAUUACAAAAUGAUGACGGGUCAGAUGUUACCCCAUCUGAUUCUGAGAGCACUGAUACUGGAAAUUCUGAAUCCAGAUGGGCGGAACAUAGUACAAAUCCAAUAACAGAUGCUGUUAUUUUUAAAUAUUGUUUGGAAGGCACAGAAGAGCGCUCCAUUUUACUAAAAGGAAUAAUAAGCUCUGCUAGCAACCAAGAUGUGGCAAAUUUUGCUGAGCAGGUUUGCCUUUAUACAGGCUGUUCCCAUCAUCGACACCAGAUAAUGAUUUCAAAGGAAUUGAUUUUGCAAGGGUCUGAAACUUGGACAUUAAUUUCUAAAAAAAAUGGAUGUGUUUUUUGGAGUGAUGCAGCUCCUGAGAUUAAUAGAAAGUUCAUGAGCAUUGCUCGUUCUCCUAGCAGGGGUUUAUCCACUCAGGACCUGGAGGUUUUGAGGGAAAUCGCUGGAUGUGGUAAUGAGUUGAGCAAGGAUGAUUUUGAGAAGAUGUGGUGCUGGUUAUACCCUGUAGCUUGGGCUUUGUCAAAAGAUCAACUGAAUGGAAUGUGGAAAUGCAUGUCACCUAAAUGGAUAGAAGGGCUGAUCACAAGGGAAGAGGCUGAAGAUUCUCUCAGAGUUCCCAGUGGACUGCAAAAAACAGGCAUGUUUAUCCUCAGGUUUCCAACCUCUCGCAGCUGGCCUCACUCAGAUUCUGGUAGUUUAGUUGUUACAUAUGUCGGUGCAGAUUAUAGUAUUCAUCAUAGGCUGCUCUCUCUUGAUCACAGCAAUCGGGAGAUGGAUUCAGGACUGUUGCAAGAAUUGCUUCUGCAAGAACAAGAAUUAUCCCAAUUGGGCAGGGUUUUCAGGAGGAAUUAAUUCCUAAGCUCAGAUAAGUUAUCCCAUAAAAGAUUUGUUCUGCGGUACAUGGUUAUGAACCUCUUUGGUCUUGCUUGAGAUUGGAAAAAAACUCAAUAGUUGUAAAGCGAUGGUGUUGGCUAAUGAGUGACUGAAGUUCUGGGGAAGAAUAGUUAGAGGACUGAAGCUCUGCACAUUGAUUUCUAUCACUGGGACUUGGGGGAAGAUAAAUCACUAUCAUGGUGCUGCUCUAAUAAGUUUUGCAUGGAUUAUUGACUUCAAUGUGCCAUGUUCUGUAUGCAGAGGUUAUUAUUGUCUUAUUUUAUGUCAAUGUCUCAUGAGAAAAUUAAAAAAAAAAAAAUUUAUAAGUUGGUUGCACCAAAGAAGGAAGAUAAUAUAAAAAGAAAAGGGAACCUAGCAGCUUUUGUUAUGUGUACUGCUUCAAUUAAUAUUAACUGAGCGCUGGAUACAUAAUUUAUUUCAGUGUUUCCUAGACGAAAGUGAUUUGGUGAUCACUUGAAAUCAA